AUGAUCUGUGACAGGAGGCAUUCAGCACACAGAGUCGUUCCUUGUCCUUUGACCUCAGACGCUUCCAAAAUAGAGGAACAACCUUGCGGAGGCUUGAGACGACGGGGCAGUUGUUGACAGCGCACUUUUGCCUGUCACUCAGAAGAGGUUAUAAAACUCGUGGUAAGGUUUACUAGAGAGUGACGAUUGUGAAGUUUUCUAUUGCGAAGUGGACUUUUUCUUUUCUAAACAUCUCUCCAGAAGCCUCAAGAGCUCAUGAUUUAAGGUUACUCUUUUAAUGGUUUUGCUGUGCCUGACGACUAAAACAACAGCUGAUGUGCAUCAUUUUCCAGAUUGUCUUCAAUAAUCAUUCAAGUGUGAUGCGGUGGGCAAGCAGCCUGCUCCUAGUUUUGGUUUGGGCCUUUACAUCCCGGGUCAAAGGCUUUAAUAUUCCUUUACAAGUGGAGCAGCCUCCAACUUUAAUAAGCCACACAACAGGUCCCAUUGUUGCACUUCCUUUUGACAACACACUUACAAUUAGCUGUAAGGCCAGGGGUAACCCACCACCACAAUACAGAUGGACAAAGGAUGGCCGAGAGCUAAACCUGCCAAAUAUCCCCACAGUCAAAACCGACAACAGAAAUGGGACAUUUAUGUUUCACCAAAAGCAUUUUGCCCAGUUCAGGGGUAAAUACAGAUGCUUUGCUUUCAACAAGCUGGGGGCUGCCAUGACAGAGGAGAUAGAGAUCCUAGUUUCCACUAUACCCAAGUUUCCAAAGGAAACAUUGGAUACUAUUGUCAUUAAGGAGGGAGAACCAUUUUCUCUGACAUGUAAUCCUCCAGAGGGUGUGGGCCCACGUCAGAUCUAUUGGAUGACUGCUGGUCUGAAGCACGUAGAGCAGGAUGAGAGGGUCUCCAUGGGAACCAACGGCAACCUGUACUUCUCCUAUGCCUUACAAAAUGACAGUCGCAAUGAUUACAGCUGCUUUGCUGCCUUCCACAAGAUACGCACUAUUGUGCAGAAAAGUCCUGUGCCAGUUAAUGUGGAAAGAUUGAAACCAGAAAGCAGUUCUUCAGAGAGCAGCAAUCCCAUUCUUCCAGUUAGAGCACCCAGCAUCCUGCUGCCCUCUGGAGUCCAGACGGAGAAAGUGUUGCAGAAAGGACAGGAUCUGCAGCUUGAGUGUAUACCUGGAGGAUAUCCCACUCCCACUGUGACAUGGAUGAAAUUGGGGGAAACUCUGACUGAUCGGAUACAAAUGGAUAAAUAUCAAAAGCGUUUGACCAUCCCUGCAGUGGAAGAGAGUGAUCAGGGAAAAUACAAGUGUAUGGCUGAAAACUCUGCUGGAAAAGUUGACCAUUACUUUGACGUAAUAGUAGAAGAGCCACCGGCUUGGCUUACAGAGCCUCCUCAGAGCCAGCUGACUGUGAUCGGGUCAGAAGUCCUUAUUAAGUGCUCAGUGACUGGAAAACCACCCCCAGUUAUAACGUGGAGGAGAGAUGGAGAAAUAUUCCGAGAUGACAGAGCGAACAACAGACGAGUUCUUGAUGACACUCUGAUGCUUCACAAGGCCAGGCCUGAGGACAGUGGCGUCUACCAGUGUGAGGCCUCCAACCGUCAUGGCAGUGUUCUCGCCAAUAUUAACAUCUUAGUCAUUGAUAUGGCACCUCUUAUGCUGACAAAGGACUUCCAAGAGUAUGGAGUAAUAGAAGAAGAAGACAUUGUCAUGAACUGCAGCGUUUUCAGCUCUCCUCCAUCCAUGAUCACUUGGACCAAAGAGGAGACAGUUGUCAAGGGAGAACGAUUUGAGGUUUUCGAAAAUGGGCAAUUCUUGAAAAUCACUGGUACAGAAAAAAGUGACAGUGGGAAGUAUGUUUGCAUGGCCAGUAACACAGAAGGCAUGUCAAAUCUCACCGCUCUGCUACACGUGAAAGAACCAACAAAAAUCGUGGUUCCACCUCAGGAUGCGCAGAUCAUCAGUGGGACCUCAGCCAGGUUGAUGUGCCAGCCAGUGUACGAUAGAAGUCUGCAGGACACCUUUGAGGUGAUCUGGAGGAAGGAUGGGGAGGAGAUAUUUCGCUCCCCAGAGGAAAGUUCCAGAUACAUUGUGGAAGGUGACCUGCUUCAGAUCAUGAAUGUGAACCUCAAUGAUCAGGGAAUGUAUACCUGCAUUGUACGGACAAGUCUUGAUGAGGAUAAAGCUUCUGCCUUUCUAACUGUACUAGAUGUCCCAGAUGCUCCUAUGAGUUUAAAGAUAUCUGAUCAGGAUUCGAGGAAUGUUACUCUGUCCUGGAUACCAGGGAGUGAUCACAACAGCUCUGUCACAGAAUUUGUGGUGGAGUAUGAGGAGGACCAGUGGGAGCCUGGCAGGUGGAAGGAGCUGCAGAAAGUGGUUGGUAACCAGGCAACAGCCGAGCUCUUUCUUCAUGGAGACCUUAACUAUCAGUUCAGAGUUUAUGCUGUUAAUGCCAUUGGACCUGGACCACCUAGUGAGCCCACAGAGAGACUCAAAACACCCCCUGCUGCACCAGACAGAAACCCAGAUAACGUCAAAAUUCACGGACACCUUCCCCAUGAAAUGGACAUCAGCUGGGACUCGCUCUCUCCUACUGAAUACAAUGGUCCAGGACUUGAGUAUAAGGUCUCCUACAGAAAACUUGAUGUGGAAGAUGAAUGGCAGGAGCACCUGGUCACAAGACCCUCCUUCAUCGUGAGGAACACAUCCACCUUUGUACCUUACGAGAUCAAAAUUCAGAGCAGGAACAGCCUUGGCUGGGGUCCAGAACCAAAACCUGUAACUGGUUACUCAGGAGAGGAUGUACCCACUGCAGCACCGCAAAAUGUGGCGGUGGAGGUUAUCAACUCCACUGUUCUCAGAGUCAGCUGGAGUCCAGUUCCCCCAGCCACAGUCCGAGGGCACUUAGGCGGGUACAAUGUUUACUGGGAAAGAACAAAAAGUUUCCUGAAUCCUGAAAAGGUUUUAAAGGAACGUAAAGAAAGCAUGUCUUUCCCUGGACAGAGGACUGAUGCCAUUGUGCCAGGACUUGAAGCUUUCUCAGAGUACAUACUCACUGUUAACGUUUAUAACAAGAAGGGAAAAGGACCUAAGAGUGAUCCAGUGACCUUUCAUACUCCAGAGGGUGUUCCAGGGAAAGUAUCCAUAUUGGUUGCCGAAAACAUUCAGAAUGAUGCCAUUCUGCUGGAAUGGGGACCACCGCUGGUGAACAAUGGCCUCCUCACUGGUUAUUUUCUACAGUAUCACCUAUUGAAUGGGACUUCGAACGAGAUGAUUGAUUCCUUUGAGGUGAACAUCACUUCGCCUGACGCCACUCAGCACCAGUUAAGAUUAGAUGGGGGAGGCCUCUUCCGCUUCGACCUCAGCGCAUGCACUAACGCAGGUUGUGGACCUCCAGAGGCCCAGGAGUUCCGGAUUCCGACUAUUUCAUAUUUGGAAAGCAAAGAACCCAGCAUUCCAACGCAACGCUGGCUCAUUGGGACGCUGUGUGCUGUCGCAUUACUCACCCUUGUUGCAGUGAUCGUGUGCUUUGUUAUGAAAAACAAAGGUGGCAAAUAUGCAGGUAUGCUGGCACGCCAGGAACAAGACAUGCUCUCCAAGGGAAAAGUAAAAGGGAAGGAAGAUCUCUUUACUGAUGCAGAGUCACAAGGAAUGAAUGAUGACGCCUAUGAAUACAGUGACAACGAUGAAAAGCCACUGAAGGAAACCAUCUCAGGUCCCAAAGAGGAAACAGGCUGGGAUGGUGUCAGCAGAGACAGCUUGGUUGAUUACGCAGGCGAAGAAGGAGAAUUCAAUGAGGAUGGUUCAUUUAUUGGAGAAUACGCUGAACCCAGAUACCGGGAUUCUAUCAGUGAGCCCAGUGGACCCAGCAGUGUCACUACAUAAAUCCACUUCAAAUAGCCUUUAUCACUUUCUGACACAAUACUCGUGCAACUUCUGCAACCACUACUUUAAACCUAGUCUAAGUGACCAAACACGGUAAAAUAGAAUAUACUCAGGUAUUAACUGUUUUAUUGCUGGUAUAGUUUUUGUCUGUUUUUCUAAGGGAAGAGUGCUUCUCUGCCAUACAAAUCAGUGUGCUGUCACAUAGGAGUCUGUACAUUUUGUAAUAGAACAAAUAUUAUAUUAGAGUUGUUUAUUUUGGCCUUGACAAUAUGUUGCUUUUAUACCAACCAGCCUAAAUCGAAACACUUUUUCUACAUCAUCAUACUGCAUUGGAAAUGGAAGAACCAAAAGUUUUUAAAUAAAUAAUAUUAAUAAAAAUAACAAUAAAAAUUUUAACAUUCACAUUCUUUUUUUACACAUACAUAUACAGGGUACUGUUAUGUGCUACCAGAAAUACUUUCCUUUCUUCUUAAUUCCUUUGUUCUGUGUCUUAUUUUGACCUUUGAAAUGUGACUUUUAAGAAACAAGUGUGUAAACACUGAAAUAUGCAAUUUACUACUGUAUAUUUUCUUUUUAUAUUGAUCCUAUCCCAGGACACAACAACAGAUAUGUAAGAAAAAUGCAAAAAUGUAUAUAAAAUUAUGUCUAAGUCUUCUGAGCAUGUAUU